AGUUCUCCUCACCUCUCGUGUUACGUCUGAUGGACGCUUUCCGGUUUCCCAGUCGAUCGCAAUUGCUGUGACUCUCCACUGUCUCAGUUGCUCGUGAGUUAAGGUCAACUCGGAAAAGGGGACCCUUUCCCACUCAAGCAGAACUCAAAACAGUCUUAAGUGCGCUUUAGUGGGCAGUGAGCGCGGACUUAGUUCGAUUUAGUCACGGAUCGAACGCCAUGCGACACGCGAUCUGGUUUCUCGCAGUGCUGGGGGCUCAUUCGCUCGAUGGGUCUAGGGUUUUGGCUGGAUACGCAGAGGACAACUUCCCGGCGAGUGUGAUCGAGGAUGCCCAACUGAACACCAUACAACUCCUGGAGAAGUACAAGCAUCCGGCGGAAACGCAUCAGGUGACCACGGAGGAUAAAUAUGUGCUGACCCUCCAUCGCAUUCCCCGACCUGGGGCCAAGCCAGUGCUGUUGGUUCACGGCCUGGAGGACACCUCCUCCACAUGGAUCGUGAUGGGUCCCCACAGUGGCCUGGGCUACUUCCUGUACGCCAACGGCUACGAUGUCUGGAUGGGCAAUGUCAGGGGCAAUCGCUACUCCAAGGGCCAUCUGAAACUCAACCCCAAUACGGACAGGGCUUACUGGAGCUUUUCGUGGCACGAGAUCGGGAUGUACGAUCUGCCGGCCAUGAUCGAUGGGGUGCUGGAUAAAACGGGAUACCAGAAGUUGAGCUACUUCGGUCACUCCCAGGGAACCACCUCGUUCUUUGUGAUGGCCUCGAGUAGGCCGCAGUACAACUCGAAGAUCCAUGUGAUGAGCGCCUUGGCCCCGGUGGCCUUCAUGAAGCACAUGAAGGCCCCUCUUCUGGGAAUGGCCCGCAUGGGAAUCAACAUGUUCGGUGAAAACUUUGAGCUAUUUCCUCACUCUUCCCUGUACCUCAACCAGUGUGUUUCCUCCGCCGCCCUGCUGAAGACCUGUAUGCGUUUCUACUGGCAGAUUGUGGGCAAGAACCGGGAGGAGCAAAAUAUGACCAUGUUUCCUGUGGUAAUGGGACAUAUCCCUGGCGGCUGUAAUGUCAAACAACCCCUCCACUACAUCCAACUGCAGAACUCCGAUCGCUUCUGCCAGUACGACUACGACCUCAAGGAGAACCAACGGCUUUACGGUCGUCCCACUCCACCGGACUACCACCUGGAAAGGAUCACCGCUCCCGUGGCCUUGUACUACGGCAGCAAUGAUUAUCUAUCGGCGGUGGAGGACGUCCAACGGCUGGCGAAGUCGCUGCCCAAUGUGGUGGAGAACCAUCUGUACCGUAAGUGGAACCACAUGGACAUGAUCUGGGCCAUCAGUGGCCGGCGCUCGAUUCAGCCCAGGAUUCUGCAAGUGAUGCAGUACUGGGAAUCAGGCGGAGGACCCAAGGAAGCCACCACGGGAAAUCCGGUGGAGGAGGAUGUGCCUCAGUUAACAACGGAAUCCCCUGUUAAUGGGAACCCAGAAGAGGAUGAGGAGGUGGGAAGCAUUGCUGGGAAUGAGGAGCAACGAGAAAAGGAUCAGGAGGAUCAUGUGGAAGGAGGAGAUCAGGUGAAGUCAGCUACUGAUCCGACUUCAGAGCUGUAG